UCUUCACACCGGAGCUCGACACUGAUUCGGCAACGAUUCUUACACACGCACGUGUGUGUUCCUUGGCUGCUGGAUUCCUGAGGACGCUCGGUAUUCAGAGUGUGUGCGAGUGGGUCUGCACGAGAAUGUGCGUGUGAGCAUCCCUGGAGCAUCUCUUGUAUGGAGGGGCAUGUGUGAAGAGUGAGACUUAGUGUGAGGAUGCAUGGUGGGCAGGUGCUCUUGUGAUCGGCGGAGUUUUUGGUGUACAAUCGUUUUUUGCUGUCUGCCUCUCCCCCUUUUCCUCCCAUUUGGCGUAGUCCUGUGAGGGCAAAAAGCCUCCUGCUGGGAUGUCCACCUCGCCUGGUGCAACAGACGGGAGCCAGAGGAACUCCUUGGAGCUGGAAGCGGAGCACCCGCAGAGAGUGCCCGGGGCAGAGCAGGGAGGGGUCGCGCCCCCCCAGGUGAAGCUGAAGGAGAGGCAGAAGUUCUUCGAGGAGGCCUUCCAGCAAGACAUGGAGCAGUACCUGUCCACGGGCUACCUGCAGAUCGCUGAGAGGAGAGAGCCAAUAGGAAGCAUGUCCUCCAUGGAGGUGAACGUGGACAUGCUGGAGCAGAUGGAUUUGAUGGACAUGUCUGACCACGAGGCUCUGGAUGUCUUUCUGCACUCGGGCGGGGAGGACAACAGCGCCACUUCCCCCGUCACAGGUCCGGAUGUGGAGUCCUUCACCACAGAGAUCAGUCUUCAGGUUCCCACCCAGGCCGAGCUCCGCCACAAGCUCUCCUCCCUGUCGUCCACCUGCACCGACUCAGCCAGCCAGGACACGGAGGCCGGGGAGGAGGACGAGGAAGACGAGGAGGAGGAGGAGGCCGAGCAAGAAGGAGGAGGUGGUGGUGUCGGAGGAUCCGGGGUAAGAGGAAGGAGAAGAAGGCCGCCGGUGGUGGUGACCCUGGACGAAGAGGAGGUGCACCCCGACAUGGCGCUGGUGGACGUGGCGGACCAACACGAGCAGACCAGUAAAGACUGUGAGGAGAGGGGGCUGAAGGUUUGAGGAGCGUGGGACUGGAAUCCAACACAAACACACAAACAUGCAGAGCUGCCGAAUCGCACACUGCACAACAUUGGCUUCCGUCUCAAAUACCCUUCACAUCACAGAGGAGAAAACACGUUGAGGUUCCACUAACUGCCACAAACUGAACUGCCUUAAAGACCACUGGGGUUUCAAUUUAGAAAUUCAAUCUUGUAAAAAAGGUUUGAGUUUCCAUAAUAAUUAUAGGAUUGAACAAGCACAUGAAUAGUUUGGCUUUGAACUUAGGAGUCAAUGGGAAAAUAAGAACUUUAAAAUCAUCCAUGUGUACUUUUCAGGUAACAGCACGUAUUGAUACUUCUGUUAACAUGUUUUCUCUCAUGUGGUGAUUACUUCUAUAUAUGAUUUAUUAUAUAAAUUAACAGUCCCUGACUGAUUUUUUUUCUGAUCAAGAUCCAUGAAUUGUUCUCCGGGUAAAAAAACACCACUGGUUCUCCUCUGACCUGCCGCAUCCGGCCCCUGAGGUGUGUGGUAAUUUGUCCUGUCGUUUUUGUGUAACGCUGCCAAAUAACAAACAGCAGUUAAGCCAGCCCUGCCAGCUUUAAGACAUUUAACUAUUUUCCAAGUUGCGAAAGUGAACAAAUUUUCUAAUCGAUAAAAGUGCACUUUAUGUCGGGCCUGUUUUAAGUUAUAUGCCUUUGAUCACUUGAAGGAUCCAUUCACCCAAAUAAAACCAGUGACCCAGGGUUUGACGUGUCCAUGUGCGAUUUGUGCUUUAUUUCUUUCCAGACACAGUGUCCUGUUGCCGCCAAAUAAUGUACAGAUCUAUAUUUCUUUUUUUGAUAUUACAAGUACUGGGCUAAUAUAAUCGUAAUUUGGGUGAAUUGACUCUUUAAUAGAGAGAACGCUGAACAGUUAGAACAGGACUUUAUCUGCAGGGGCCACAUGGAUGAUUCUUCUCCUUCCCUGACUUCAUGGAUAAGCUGAAUCCCCAUAGCGUCUUGCACUCGCUCCAAGUGGUUCAUGUGCAGGAUUCUGCAAUAUUUGAAAUGUGCACCACAAAUUAGAUGAAACCUCUGUGGCAGUGGAGCUGAUCAACACGGCAGGCACCUACACAUGGUACUGUAAAGGUGAAGGAGCGUCAAGUGCCAGGAUAGUGAUGGUUUACCACAGACACAAACACACACAGAGUUCCCCUUUGCCAUUCCUUGAAACCCCGAUAUUUCCUUUUGAAGAGGGACCAAAUCCAUGCACGGACCGUGUGCUAUGCUCUGGAAACCACAGAAGGUUUUACUGGUUCCAGAUCUCUUUGUUUUUGUACAGAGAUGUUGACAUUUGUACGAUGUGACGCCGUUUCUCUCUCCCUUUCCUUUUUUCCCCUCUACAGUUUCUGACUAGUUGGUAAUAAAUGUUUCUCCCCUGG